GUCCCGGAAAUGUCCUCAGUGCCGUUGUCAAUCCCAUGUCACACUGUCACACAACGCACGCGAUUGCCGAAGAAGACUGUUGCCACCACGUUUGGCAUGCUUAGCAGAGGUGCAUAUCGCUUUAUGGGUCCGUUCUGGGACGCUGGGAGGAGGCGAUGCUCUCCGUUUGGGAUCCCACCCUCACCCCACUGUCAAGCUGCCCUUUUUGAAGCCAUCCACCCCCUAUAGCCUUUUUCAACGGUCAAUAAUGUCAAGAGGCUAAGACCGAGAAUCUUGAUAAAAUAUCAAAGUUGCCUCAAAACUUCGAUUCAUAUAUCGUUUUUGUGACAUUGUAUACCCUGCUCAUAACCAACAACAUCCCAUUCGAAGCCGGCUUGUAUCGCAAAUACGUCGACUCUGUUAUAACAAUGCCCAAGGCAAAGUCUGCAUCCACUGGAAAGGGUGGUGAUGGAUCAAAACGCCGUACACGUCGGGCAUGUGAUAGAUGCCGUUUGAAGAAAGCCAAAUGCGAUGGUGCUCUGAAGUGUCGAACAUGCAAAGCAGGUGGUAGUGUCUGUGCAUACACUGCAAGAAGGGGACGAGAGGCAAGAAGCUACUAUUGCCAAAUGCGCGACGUCAUGGAUGAAGCACUCCAACGACUAUACUGGGCUUGUCGGCAAAAAGAAAACUUCCCAGGAGAUGUGCCCGAUGAGUCACCUGGCACCGUCACCACCGACGCCAUCCUCACGGGCCUUCACUUGUCGGGACCGGCUCUUGAUGGUCCCUUACAAACAGGUCAAGCCACAGGAGAUCUUGAACAUGACGAUACAUAUCACCAGAUGAUUACAUCUGUGGCCGAACCAGAUUCUCGCAGCAGCAAUAACACUACUUCACAUUCGCAGUCGUCCCCUGCCAGUCCAUCAACGUACAGUCAACGGCUUAUCGCUAGCCCUUCCCUAAAUUCACAAUCCGAAAACGAACCGAACUUCAAUAUGCAUAUGGACAUGCAUCCGCAGACGAGGCAACUGUCGUCUCAUGUCCCAGCGCGUGGAUCUAUUCAUAAAUUCGCCAGGCUCGAUGCAAGCACAGAGAGCUCAGCACACAGCAACCACGCUGGCGAUCCAUAUCUGGAUGUUGAUGCUUUCCUUGACACAAGCUCAUGCACUGUCCCUGCGGUAUUCAGACCGUCCGACGAUUUCGCUGCGGCUAUGCUGUGGGACACUGGUUCAAGCAGAUCGCCACAUUUCCUUGACCAGCAGAGCCUGGCAGGGGCGGUUGACGAGAGCUACCUAGCUCCUUGGCCAGGAUCAUUGGCUGCGGCUUAUCAGUCAGUACUUGCAGUAUAAGUGAGUAACGGCUAAAUGCCGCUGGAGGAGUCCAUGGUUCUGUUUGGGUGGUCUUAGAUUCCAGAGACCUGCAAUCAAUCUUACGGCUGGGGCACAUUGGAUAUGGGAGGCUAGGUGUUACUUGGCAGCGUUCGUUGGGUGAUUAUCAUUGCGUUCCUUAUUGCCACAGCCUAGCGGCCGUUCACGGGCCUUUCCAGGCAUCUC